GUCAACUCUGAUAGCCACUAAUCAUGUGUGGCUUUAAUUUUUAAUUAAUUUAAAUUAAUUUAAAUUUAGAUACCCACAUGUGGUCAUUGGCUACCAUAUCAGAAAAGACAGGUCUAAAACUCAAUGACUGAAGGUUUCUUUUUAAGAAUAAUAUCUAAAAUAGGUAGUAAGAAAGACAUGAAAAAGAUAAGAACAGUGGGGAGGAGCAGCAGCAGCCAGGCCACCCAGCUUCACAAAGGCUCUGCACACACCUGGCCCCACAGGCACAGGCACCAGGCACUCGCCCACUUCCCACCACGAUGCCCAAGAGGAAGGUCCACUCCUGCAAGGGGGCAGCAAAAGAGGAGCCCAAGAGAUCGUUGAGGUUAUCAGCUAAACCUGCACCUGCAAAAGUGAAAACGAAGCAAAAAAAGGCAGCAGGAGAGGAUAAAUCUUCAGACAAAAAGGUGCCUACAGAGGGGGAAAGGGGAGCAAAGGGAAAAGAGGCUGAAGUACCUAACCAAGAAACGAAAGACUUACCUGCAGAAAACAGAGAAACUAAAAAUGAGGAGAGUCCAGCCCCUGAUAAAACAAGAGAGAAAGAAGCCAUCUGAUUAAUAUCAUAUACCAUGUCUUACUGGUGCCCCCUGUCUCCCUUCUUGUACAAUCCAGAGAAAUAUUUUUAUCAACUGUUUCAUAAAUCCAAUUUUUUUAGUAGUUCUAGAAACAGUUUUAAGAAAGAGAGAAUCCCACUUCAUCCUAUUUUUUUUUAAGAUUUUAUUUAUUUCUUUG